AUGCCGCAGCUGUGCAAGUUCUAUGCACAGGGACGCUGCGCUUUCGGCAAUGCUUGCAACAUGUGGCAUGGCGACCCGAAUGGCACCAACGGCAGUAACAUCACCAACGGAGGCUACAAGGACAGCGACAAAAAGGGUUUUCCGGGUGGCGCGAAGGCCUCCGCGAAUGGAACCAAUGGCCAGGCUCAUGCAGCAGGCGCCACAAUCUGCCGCCACUUUCUGCAGGGGCGAUGUGCCUUUGGUGAUGCCUGCCGCAACCUCCACACGAUGCCGGAGCCGGCGCUUCCGGCAGUGGCGAACGGCCAGAGCCGUGGCCCGGGCCCGGGCCCCCCGGGCCCCCCGGGCCCGCGUCCGGAGGCGGCCACAGCUCGAGUGGAGCGGCCCCGCCCGAGGCCAGUGGAAGAGUUUACCGAAUGCGGCAUUUGCUUCGAGAAUAUCGUGAAGAGGGGUGAACGUUUUGGAAUGCUAGAAAGCUGCGACCACGCAUUUUGCCUCAGCUGUAUUCGCGGUUGGCGGCGCGAGCGGGAGCAGCAGGAUAAGCAGAACCUGCGGCUUUGUCCGGUUUGCCGCAAUGAGUCCUUCUACGUGAUUCCCACGGACCACAUCAUCUUGGACCCCGAGGAAAAACGAGGGAUCAUCGACUCCUACAAACAGGAGAUGGGCCGCAUCCCAUGCAAACUCUUUGACUACGGCCGAGGCCACUGUCCAUUUGGCACCAGCUGUUUCUAUGCCCACCUUAAUCCGGACGGCACGAGGUACAUCCCGCCACCGCUCAAGUGGAUGCGAGGAGCCGAAGGUAGCCAGGUGAAGUCGGAAGUGAAGAUCUCCGACUUCUUUGACUAA